GACUUCAAUCUGUCAAAUGAAAAAGGUGGACAUGCCAGCGACGAGAACUCAGAGCGUGGCAACUGGUCAAACAAAACUGACUACCUGCUCUCCAUGGUGGGCUACGCCGUGGGCCUGGGCAACGUCUGGCGCUUCCCCUACCUCACCUACCAGAACGGAGGAGGUGCUUUUCUAAUCCCCUACACCCUGAUGCUGGCAUUAGCUGGCUUGCCCUUAUUUUUUAUGGAAUGUUCCCUUGGGCAAUUUGCCAGUCUAGGGCCAGUUUCCAUCUGGAGAGUACUACCAUUGUUUCAAGGAGUGGGCAUCACGAUGGUUGUCAUCUCAACAUUUGUGACGAUCUACUACAAUGUUAUCAUUGCUUAUGCACUCUACUACUUAUUUGCCUCAUUUCAAAAAGUGCUGCCGUGGUCAGACUGCUUUUCCUGGGCAGAUGAAUUCUGCAGCAAGACACGAAUAGUAAGCGACUGCAAUGCAACUUUAGAUGGAGAAACCUUUCAUGCAAACUACUCAUUUAUCACAAGCAAAAAUCUCACGUGUAUAAAUGGCACCAUAAACUACAAACCGGUGCAAUUUCCCAGUGAGCAAUACUGGAA